UGCGGGUGGGGGACCCCCGAGCUCCCCGGGUCCCCGUCCCCAGGCCGCCGCGACCGCGCCCCCCACCGCCCCUGGAGCCCAGGCGCGGCGAAGGCGAGCGCGCCGCCAUGGCCACGUUCAGGCAGGAGGACGUGGAGGACCACUAUGAGAUGGGCGAGGAGCUGGGCAGCGGCCAGUUUGCCAUCGUGCGCAAGUGCCGGCAGAAGGGCACGGGCAAGGAGUACGCCGCCAAGUUCAUCAAGAAGCGCCGCCUGUCAUCCAGCCGGCGGGGCGUGAGCCGCGAGGAGAUCGAGCGCGAGGUGAGCAUCCUGCGGGAGAUCCGGCACCCCAACAUCAUCACGCUGCACGACGUCUUUGAGAACAAGACCGACGUGGUGCUCAUCCUGGAGCUCGUGUCCGGCGGGGAGCUCUUCGACUUCCUGGCCGAGAAGGAAUCGCUGACGGAGGAUGAGGCCACGCAGUUCCUCAAGCAGAUCCUGGACGGCGUCCACUACCUGCACUCCAAGCGCAUUGCCCACUUUGACCUCAAGCCUGAGAACAUCAUGCUGCUGGACAAGCACGCGCCCAGCCCCCGCAUCAAACUCAUCGACUUCGGCAUCGCCCACAAGAUCGAGGCUGGCAACGAGUUCAAGAAUAUCUUUGGCACGCCUGAAUUUGUGGCUCCUGAGAUUGUUAACUACGAGCCCCUGGGCCUGGAGGCAGACAUGUGGAGCAUCGGCGUCAUCACCUACAUCCUCCUCAGCGGCGCGUCCCCGUUCCUGGGGGAGACCAAGCAGGAGACCCUGACCAACAUCUCUGCUGUGAACUACGACUUUGAUGAGGAGUACUUCAGCAGCACCAGCGAGCUGGCCAAGGACUUCAUCCGCCGCCUCCUGGUCAAAGACCCCAAGAGAAGGAUGACCAUCGCCCAGAGCCUGGAACAUUCCUGGAUCAAG